AUGAUGCUAUUCGACGCUAAGUUCCUCAUCAAACAAUUCUUUCGCAGAUGCAGGAAACUUGGUGGUACAGUCCUAAGGCGUGCAAUCCGGGGUCACAUUAGCAAUGCGAAGAUGUGGUUCCGCCGUCAUGAAGAGGACUACUGUGUACCCAAAAAUGUCCAAAGAGGCCACCUUGUGGUGUAUGUUGGUGAAGACUGCAAGAGAUUUAUCAUCAAGGUUACAUUACUCAGCCACCCUUUGUUCCAGCAAUUGCUUGAUCUCGCUGAAGAAGUUUUUCAGUUUGCAGCCAACACGAAACUCUGGAUUCCUUGCAACGAAUACAUUUUCAUCGACGUUCUUCAUUGCAUCAGUUAUGAACUAGAUCAAGGGCUUCAUCAUAUUUGA